AUGGAGGCGGAGGACGCUCUCAAGGACCUCCUGCAAGAGAUCGCGCUGCAGGAGACAGCUAUAACGGCUGUGACCGAGGAUCAGGCUCGGACCCAUCGCCAGGAUCGGCAGGGAAAGGAACAAUCAGACCAUGGCAUAGUUGCAGGAGAUGACGAAGUCGAUGCAAACGACGACGAUGUCAAGGAUGAAGAUGGAGGACUCGAUGAUGAAUCAUUCAAACGGUCCGAAUUCGGCUCGCGGAAGGUGACCAUGGCGGCCGGCGUGCGGCUGUCGUUGGCCCUGCAGAAGGACUGGUGGCGGUCCCUGCCCGACCUGGCCUACGUCGUCACCAAGAUCAACCAGUACGGCAAGCGCCAGACCCGGACCCUCCGCCUUACCUCGGAGGGUAUCGAGAAUGUGCGCAAGAACGGAAAGGUGUCAUCGCUGUACCCCUACGAAGCGGUGGUGCGGGUCUACAUGAAGAACGUCAGGAGCUUCGUCAUUGACUACAAGAACGCCAAGCACUCCUACCAGUAUCGAUCCACCGUGGCGAUGCACAUCGUCCAGGAGAUCACGUCACGAUUGGCCCUGCGGCGACAGGAGGAUCGCCUCCUCACGCCCGACAUCGCCACACGUCUGCAGGAGAAGCUGCAACAAACGGGACUGCUGGAGCCGCCUAUCACGACGCCGCCGCGAAGCACUCGGCAGCAGCAGGCGCAGAUGGGGACCUACGACGAUCGACGGUCGCGGCAGGCCAAGAAGCUCCACAGCAUUCUGGGCACCACCGAACAGCAGCGGCUGGAGAACGCCAUCGACUCCAUGAUCUUGGACGUCCACACGCCCGAGGGACGAACGCUGAAGCAGUUCUGCAGCAACUUCGCGGUGCUGGAAAAGAACCCCGCCACGCUCGUCAUGAACGUGCGCCAAUUCAUGGACGACAUGCGUGCCUACAUUAUCGAGAGGCACGCCGGCGAAUUAGCCAAGCUCACCGUGGAGGCCGCUGCGCAAUCGCUUGCGCACGAGGAGCUCUCCCUGUCAUCGGUGAUCGAAAAUUCCCUCGAGCGUGCGCUCGUCUCGCGCUUCCGCGACCGGAUCGUGGCCUGCCUCAAGAAACCCACCAAGGAAGAGGAGAUGCACCUCAAGCGAAAGGUCGCUGCCGCCUCCACCAAGCCACAGUCCUUCUUCGGCAUCUCGGAGGAGCACGUGUCGUCGAGCGGGUGGACCCACGCCAUCGCCGAGCUGCAGGCCCUCGACGACUGGGAUGUGCCGGGCAAGCUUCUCGCAGCCGUUCUCGCGGCCGCCAAAUCCGUCUAUGCCACCCUCAACUACGAGAGGAACCGGGGCAAGAAGGGAGAGCACCGAACAGCCAUUUUCCUCUCGGCUGACGACUUCUUUCCCAUCUUCCUGUAUGUGGUGGCGAGAGCCAACCUGAAGGACCCGCUCCUGGUCUCCGAGUACCUCUGGGGACUCUGCGACCCCGAGCAGCUCAACGGCGAGGGCGGGUACUACCUGACCGUGUUCUGUUCGGCGUUCGAGUACCUCAAGGGUCUCGAAAUGGACACCGCGGAGAGCGAGUGCCAGCAACGCGAAGAGGAGGCCCUCAAGUACCUCGACGACAAAGUUUUGCAGCCCAGCGACCACUCCCCAAAAGAGAUCAACUCGUCGACGUCGGUGGAUUCCUAUUUUGCGGCGGCGACGGCGACGGCGGCCAACAAGACGAGCCUGCUGCAGCUGGCUGAGGACAAACGGCAACGGACCAUCUCCGCGCCCAACAAGGGCGGAAAGUCCAAGCAACUCAUCCGCCAGCGCGCGGAGGAGCGCGACAGCCGCGUCGUCAUCGGUCUCGCCGGAUGCCGGACGGCGCAAGAAACGGUGGACGAGCGGGAGAAGGAGAAGCAGCGACUGAAGGCCCUGGCGGGCCUGCAAGAGUCGGUGCCGCCAUGGCCGACCGCCGCCGUGCGCCAGCGCACAGCGACCCUGCGCGCCGAACACAACGCAGCCGUGGUCGCCGCAGCCGCGAGCAGCGGAGACGAAGGCGAAGACGACAGCAGUGAUGAAGAUGAAGACGACGACAGAGAGGACGGCCGUGUUGAUGGCGGCGAUGGUGGUGGCGGAGGACCCAACAACGACGAAGAUGGUGCGAUGGGCGGGAGCCAGCGGGCGCGACGUCGAGCGAGCAAGCUCGACCGACGGCAAGUGCGGCAGGCCAUCGCCCGAUACGACGUCGCGCAGAAGGAGGACUAG